AUGUGGCUCCCAGUGGUAAUGGAUUUACGACUCCCAAUUCUCUGUUUGCUGAUAGUGGCAGAGAUUUCCCAAGGCCUCAGGAAUGUGCGGGUCACGGUGCCGACGGCGGUCCGGAAGGGUGACGCGGCCCACCUGUCCUGCGAGUACGAGCUGGAGGACAAGGAGCGGCUCUACUCGAUCAAGUGGUACAAGGGCAAGCGGGAGUUCUACCGUUACACGCCCCAGGAGAGCCCAUCGACGAAGGUGUUCAACAGUGUCAACGGAGUUGACGUCGAGCAAGCCUUAUCCAACAAGAGCCACGUCGUGAUUAAGUCGGUCGACACGAACGUCUCCGGGAAGUACAGCUGCGAGGUGUCCGCCGAUGCACCGUCCUUCCACACCAUGAUAGUGUCGGGCGAUAUGGAAGUUGUAGAACCACCGCCGGGAAAACCAUCGAUAAACGGGCUGCAGAACCGGUACCAGCUGGGCGACAUCCUGCGGGGAAACUGCACCGCGAUUAAUUCUAAGCCGCCCGCAAAUCUGACGUGGACGAUUAAUGACGUACCGAUUGUGCAGCAGUACAUCAAACAGUACCGCCCCAUUAAGGACACCUACACGGGGCUGGAAACCUCGAUCCUCGGCGUCAACAUGCUCGUCUCGCAGGGCUACUUCGCCAAAGGCAAAAUGAAGCUAAAGUGUCACGCGCAAAUUCACCAGAUCUACGACGAGAGCAGCGAGUGGUACGUGGAAGAGGACCGGCCCCGAAUACUGGCCACCGGGUCAUCGAGCGGCCAUAACCGACACAACAACCAGAACCUCAACCAGAGCCCGGGCUACGAAGCGGAGUCACCGGAGCAGAGCGACAGCUACCUGAAAGUGAACGGAUACAAAGCGGACAACUCACCUUCGUCCCCGUCGUCGGCCACGAAACAGGUCGGAGCUUACGUGAAGAUGGGCUGGAUUGCGUUCUACGUCUGCACGAUCUGCAGCGUGCUGCUGUACUCGUUGCGUAUCGGCAUCUCUUGA